AGGAGAGUAAGGAGCGCGUCUUCGACAUAUCUGUCUUUCCUGCCUAAUGUCCCACCGAGUAGGCUGAGCCACGUGUGUGUGUUAGUUAUUUCCUUACUUGUCUCCAAACGUCCAGUUCCUUGUGUUUCGUUGAAACACACAGUAGCACCAUGGUGAAGUUAGCAAAGGCAGCAAACAAGCAAGCAACCCAGAAGAAAAAAGCCCCUCCACCCCCAAAAGAAGUGGAGGAAGAGUCCAGUGAAGAGGAAAGCAGCGAGGAGGAAGAGGAGACUCCUCCACCUAAAGCAGUGAAGAAAGCCACACCAGCCAAAGCCGCCCCGGCUGUUAAGAACGGCGCCGCUGCCAAGAAAGCAGAAAGUGAGGAUGAGGAUGAUGACGAUUCUGAGGAGGAGUCUGAGGAGGAAGCCCCCCCACCAAAGAAGACCCCUGCAAAGGCAACACCGGCCAAAUCCAAGGCUGCCCCUGCAAAGGCUGAGGAGUCGGAUGAUGAUGAUGAUGAGUCUGAAGAAGAGGCCCCACCACCUAAGAAAGCAGCCAAGCCUGCAGCUAAACCCGCUGCCAAGGUAAAAGCCGCACCUGCAAAGGAGUCUGAUGAUGAAGAAGACGAUGAUGAGGAUUCAGAAGAAGAGGCCCCACCUCCCAAGAAAGCCACCCCAGCUAAACCAGCUGCGAAGGCCAAGGCUGCCAAAGAGGAGUCUGAAGACGACGAUGAUGAAGAUGACUCUGAAGAGGAGAUGGACACCACCCCUGCUCCAGCUGCAAAGGCUAAGAAAGCAGGAAUGGUGAAGGCCAAGGAAGAGUCUGAGGAGGAUGAUGACGACGAUGAAGAAGAUGAUGAUGAUGAAGAGGAGGAAGAAGAGGAAUCCCCAGUGGGUGCUACAAAGAGGAAGGCAGAGGGGAAGAAGGAAACACCACCUGCCAAGAAGGCAAAGUCAGAAGGCGAUGGUUUCUGUCUAUUUGUUGGAAACUUGAACUCCAACAAAGACUUUGAAGAAAUCAAAUUGUCCCUGAGGAAGUUCUUCUCCAAGAACAGCCUUGAGGUCGCCGAUGUCCGGUUAGGUGGAUCCAAGAAAUUUGGCUAUGUGGAAUUCUCAUCUGAGGAGGACAUGCAGAAGGCACUGGAGCUCAAUGGCAAGAAGGUCAUGGGUCAAGAGCUGAAGCUGGACAGGGCCAGAAGCAAAGACAGCUCACAGGAGGGCAAGAAAGAGAGGGAUGCACGGACACUGUUUGUAAAGAACCUUCCUUUCUCUGCGACCGUUGAGGACCUGAAGGAAGUCUUUGAAGAUGCAGUUGAUGUGAGGUUACCUCCAGGCCAGAACGGUUCAAACAGAGGCAUUGCCUACAUCGAGUUCAAAACUGAGGCUGAAGCAGAGAAGAUGCUGGAGGAGGCUCAGGGAGCUGACGUACAGGGAAGGUCCAUCAUGGUUGACUUUGUAGGAGAAAAGAGCCAGAAGGGAUCCAAAGUAGCAGCAUCAGGAGCUUCCAGUAAAACACUGGUAGUGAAUAAUCUGGCCUUUAGUGCCACAGAGGAAGUCCUACAAUCCACAUUUGAGAAGGCUGUCUCAAUUAGGAUUCCACAGAGAGAUGGCAGACCUAAAGGCUUUGCUUUUGUAGAGUUUGAGAGCACAGAUGAUGCUAAGGAUGCCCUAGAAAACCUCAACAACACAGACAUUGAAGGCCGGUCGAUCCGUCUGGAGUACAGCCAAAACAGUGGCAGAGGAGACGGAGGUAGAGGAAACUCAGGUCCAACAAAAACUCUCUUUGUCAAGGGUCUCUCCGAGGACACAACGGAUCAGACCCUUAGGGAUGCAUUUGAGGGUGCUGCAGCAGCCAGGAUAGUUACAGACAGAGAGACAGGGUCAUCCAAGGGCUUUGGCUUUGUGGACUUUGACAAUGAGGACGACUGCAAGGCGGCCAAAGAAGCCAUGGAUGAUGGUGAGAUCGAUGGCAGCAAGGUGACCCUGGACUACGCCAAGCCGAAGGGUGAAGGUGGCUUCCGUGGAGGUCGAGGUGGUGGAUUUGGCGGCCGCGGUGGUGGCAGAGGAGGCCGCGGUGGCUUUGGCGGAGGCUUCGGCGGCGGCUUUGGCGGUCGCGGUGGUGGUGGCAGAGGAGGCGGAAGGGGAGGCCCUCGUGGAGGUGGACGCGGGCGUGGUGGCUUUGGAGGUGGAAGAGGUGGCGGUGGAUUUGGAGUCAAACCCCAGGGGAAGAAAAUCAAGUUUGAUGACUAAAUCCUUAGUCUGUUUUACUUUUUGAAUGGACUCUGGUUUCAUCACUUUUCAGAGCUUUUGGACAUUCCAGAAAGCGUCAUUGAUAUAUAUUUAACUGUUAAUGGGCAUUUUAGCCCUUUAUUUAGACCCCUCAAGCGUUCCCACCCUUCUGUGCCAGAGUGGUACUUCUGACCUUCUCAGCUCAAGUACUGAAUGUCCCUAAUGCAAACCUGCAACCCUCACCCUCAUUAGCUUACUUGCUUUUCCGAAGGAGUAAAAUGGAAUGGGUCUGGCAAACAAGUUUGCUGUGAAAAAAUACGCUCGUUUUUGUCAGAUUGUGUAAAUUUAAACAGUUUGUAUGAUUUCAUUUUACCUUUUGUAAAAAAAAAAAUACACCUGUAUCCAUAUGUUUUGUUUUUAUUUUGUUUGUUGUUUAGUUUGCUUUAGGUGCCAAGUUUUACUGUAAUGUGCAAAGCAUAUUUUGAUAGAAGAUUCGAGUCAGUGCUCUAGAGUUGGGUGUUGAGAAAUAUGGCAAAAGUGUUAUGUCAUAUCUGUUUGGUGGGGCACAAUCAGUGUCUGAGUCACAGGGGCUGAGACCUCUUAUGUAUGUAACAUAAAAUAUUUGUAGUGCAUUGACUAAUUUUUUUCCCAUCUGAAAAUCCCAAGAUUUUCAUGUGAUUUAAAUAAAAUCUUGUAGGUGGUGAUUUUUAAA